AUGAAGAAGGUCUGCUUUGUGACUGUAGGGGCUACAGCACCUUUCCCGGAUCUCAUCCGUGCAGUGACACAGGUGCAAUUCUUGGAGAAGCUUGGGAAAAAUAACUUUACGCAACUUAUCAUCCAGCAUGGAACUUAUGGACGUGUUGAAUUAGAAACCUUCUUGGCCACUCAUGGAGAUAGUGAUGGACGCAUCCAUGGUGUUCGCAUGUCUGGGUUUGCUUUCACAUCCGACGUGGAUUAUUAUAUGCACUUGGCCACAGAAAGGCGGAAGGAUGGUCAGGAGCUUGGUCUAGUGAUCAGUCAUGCCGGCACUGGAACUAUCUUGGAGGCUAUGCGAUGUGGAGCGCCGCUGGUUAUUGUUCCAAACCCGGCACUUGCAAACAAUCACCAGCAAGAACUUGCCAUGCAAAUGGAAAACCUUGGGUAUGGGGUCAUGUCAUGGGCGGAGGAUAUCAUUUCGGCUGUUGACAAAGCCACUGAACAACUUGUCAAGAGAUGCUCUGCGAUCGAGGACACUGGCGAGGUUGAUGUGAAGAAUGCCAUGCGUGAUCAGCUCUCAUAUGUUGAUUAG